GCUUGUAUUUCUAUUUUUUACGCAAAUAAAGUGUUUAGGAUUGGAAUAGUAAACAUUGAUUUGUUUUUAAGUUAAACUAAAUUGUUUCUAGUGUUUUUAAAAGUGGUUUUUUUGGAAAUAAAUGAAGAAAUAAGACUCAAAAUAAUGUGUGCUAAUACUCAAAUGUGUUUUGUGUUGAGAAAUCAUUGAUCAGUGUUCUAUGUAGUGCGUUUUUUUUUGCAUAUUUUUUUGAAUAGCAGGAUUUUGGCUAUCGUUUUGACAAUACCUAAGUCGAGAGUAAUUAAGACUUAGUUUUGAUCUCUAAUUAGUUAAUAAGCUUUUCGUAUUCAUACUUAUAGUUUUAUUCAACAUGUCGUUAGAAGGAAAAACGAUAUUCCACAAGCUAUGGUACUUCUUGAGGACGUACAUCCUAAGGCUGAAGGUGUUCGACCUGUUCCUGCAGGGAGCGUACCUCAUCAUCAUUCUGCUGGAGACCAACGCCUACCUGCUGCUCAAGAGGGACGCCAAGGAAGGACAUCACUCGAUGCUUAUUCAAGAUUAUGUGAUGAUGGCGGUCGCUGGGGUGGAGUUCUUCCUCGGUACUGCGGUGGCCUGGUGGGGGAAAGACAAGAGGCACUUCGCGUUCUCCGGCUGGCUGGCUGUAUGCUCUGCAGCAGGACUGCUGGUGCUCGCCUUCCCGUUCGCCAAGUCUAAUCCUAUUGACAUGGAGUUAUGCCAGCUCCACGAGACACACGAAGCAGUCAGCAACUAUGACAGCAACCUAACAGCCAGGACGACGAUCCUGAUCGUCACAGUGAUACUCUGUGGCCUCGCCAAGGUCAGCGUCUGGUCACACGGCAUCACAUACUUGGAUGACCAUGAUCCUACGAAUGGAUCGUACUUUUAUGGUAACCUGAUCUCCAUCCGCCUAAGUCUGGGAAUGAAUGCUGGCUCCUGGCUGGAGCCGACCUCCGAGAGGAGUGACUGGUGGGAGGCUCACCUCUCCAUCUGCAUGCUGACCUUCAUGUUCUCGUUCCUCUUCAGCCUGUUCCCCAAGAGAAUGGUCUCUACCAAAGAGAUGGAUGAACUAGAUAACUCUUAUGUUGAUACCGGAUUGCUCAGAACUCUCCGACGGCUGCUCCACAACAAGGCACUGAUGAUGCAAAUUGUUGCGCUCUCCUGUUUAAGUACCGCGGUACUGGUGUUCGUACAGUACGACGAUGCAUAUGUGCAGGCAAAGUUUCACGUGGACACAAAGGACCCAAGGACUUCAGGAGGACUCUCCAGCAUCUUCCGGACGCUGUUCAUCAUUAUUUUUGUUAUGAUAUUCAAGAUCCGUUUCUCAGCACGAAGACCAGAAGGAGUGAAGGCGAACACAGCGUCAAGAGUGGCGGCGGUGGUCGCUAUAUUUGUGACUGCAUUCUACAUAGUGCUGACUGUGCUCAGCUGUGACACUGACACCAUCAGCGGACUCCGGACUGGCAGCUACUACCAGCCUAUCUGCAGCCAAUCUUGCGGAUGUAGUACAGAGCGGUAUGGCUUCAGCCCGGUGUGUUUGCUGGACACCAGGCGCACUUACAUGUCUCCGUGCCACGCUGGCUGUACGAAGGCAGAAGAUCUCAACGGAGUUUUAUUGUUCAACGACUGCGAGUGCAGUCUGGGCACGAUGCGCGCUGCACGCGGCUCGUGCUCGCUGACGUCGUGCAUGCUGCCCUACAACGCGUACCAGAUUGUCUUCACCGUCAUGUUGGCAGUAGCUGCGGCAUGUUUCCUGAUGCAAGGUAUGGCGGUGCUGCGAGCAGUCCGGCCGGUAGACAAGGCCACCGCCGUGGGUACCAGCAUGGCGAUAGUGGCACUACUGUCCUUCAUACUGGGGCAUUUAAUCUAUUUAUUUAUCAGUCACAUGACAUGUGUGUACUCUUCGAACGGCGGGUGCCUGCUGCACGGGUCCUCGAUAUGGAUCGCGGGCGGCACCAGCACGCUGCUGGCGGCGCUGUCGGCCGCCGGCUGCUUCAUCUCCAGCAAGAUGCAGCCCGACAUGGAUGAACCGACCACUGAAUUAUGAUCACACACUAAAUAGGAUAUACCUAGUUAACUCUUUCUAUCUCUAUAGAGCAAGCGUUUUCUUUAUGGUGGUUGUCGCCAUGGCGACCCCAUGUGUACUAUUUCUUUUAUUGUAUAAGCCGGUAAAUGGGCAGACGGAUGGGGGAUAAUGCAACUGAUGGUAAGCAAUGGCCACCGCACAUGGACACCCGAAACACCAGAGGAGUUACAAGUGCGUUGGCGGGCUUUUGGGACUUAGGAAUUAAGGGGUUGUAAGGAAAUCGGGGAUUGGAAAGAUUGGGAAGCGAGGUAAUUGGGCCUCUGGUAAACUCACUCACAUAACGCAAGCGUGGUUUCACGUCGGUAUUCUGUGAGGCCGUGGUAUCCGGAAGCUUGUUAGUAAAUAUAUUCGAACGGGGGGGUGCCUGCUGCACGGGUCCUCGAUAUGGAUCGCGGGCGGCACCAGCACGCUGCUGGCGGCGCUGUCGGCCGCCGGCUGCUUCAUCUCCAGCAAGAUGCAGCCCGACAUGGAUGAACCGACCACUGAGUUAUGAUCACCACACCAAAUAGGGUUAUACUUAGGGGUAAUUUAGGUAAUAUGUAUAAUAUACUAGC